GUCAACCAUCGUCGAGUUUGUUUGUAUCAACAUUGUUGUUCACUUCCUCACAAAUCAUGAGCGUCCCACCAUCAGACGUGUAUCUGCAACCAGACUUUGAUGGAUCUUCCCUCAAGGUCGCGCAAUUGCGCGGGAUUCUCCUCCAACAUGACAUUAGCCUUCCGCCAUCGGCGAAAAAAGCUGAUCUAGUCGCGGCUUUCGAGUCUCAAGUCCAAGCUCGCGCAUCAGAACUCAAUCAGUCUGCCAAACCAUCAAGCAAAGGCAUCGUCAGGGUCAAAGAUGGAAAGCAGGUGGAAGGCACGACGGAAUCAGAGGCGUCCUCCGAUGAACAGCCCAAGAGAGCUCGUGGACGACCGAAGAAAUCUACAGGCGUAUCGGUCGAGAUCCCCGUACCGCGCAGGACCAGACGUACAGAAUCAAUGACACCCGCUCGAACAUCGCCGCCCGAUAGCCCUGCCGUGGAGGCGGAGGAGGAGGAGGAACCAGCGAUUCAUAUUUCCGUUGAACAGACUCCCCGUGCUAAAGUGAAGAGUGACACUGAGGAGAGCAAGAAGCCCAAGACUCCUCGUCGAUCAGAGGAUAGUGGAUUCUCAGACUAUAAUCCAUUUCAGAGUGGAGGGGAAGAGGGAAGUGAUCGAGAAAAGCGACGGAGAAAGUCUUCCGCUGGCGUUUCCGCCAAGAAGCCAACUCAACCGAGGUAUUCUGAGCCUGCCCCUCGAAGCGACACACCUUCACUCAAGCGCGUUGGACCGAGCAAAGAUAGUCUGAAAACUCCGCCAAGGGACCAGACCGACUCAGUCGGAAAGACUCCAUCCAAGACCCCAUCAAAGAUCGCUAAACCCAGUAUCGCGACGCGACCAGCACCUCCAGCCGGAGCACCACCCGUGGACAAUCGACCUCCUCUGAUCGCUAUCCCCCUUACCAUGCUCUUCCUCAUCUUGAUGAGCUCGAUCACGGGUUGGCAAAAAGCGUCUCAAGAGAUCGGUUUCUGCGACACUGGGUCCUCAACGAAUAAUCUUCUCCUUGCAAGGACCGCCGCAAUAGAGGCUGCCAAUUCAUGUAUUGCUCGUCGCACGGCUCAGGCUCUGGAUGACCCAUCAGCGCCUCGGGUUGAAUGCGAUGUUUCUGCUCUACCCCUUUUGCCCUUCAUCCCACGCCCUUCGACUUGUGCCCCCUGCCCUCAACAUGCUGCCUGUGCAAACGGGCGAUUCUAUGGCUGCAAACAUGAAUACGUCUACUCGGAGAACCCGCUUGGCGAGGUAUUCUCCGCUCUCAACGGCAUGCCCUUCUUCGGGCCACGGGCUUUCCCCCCAACUUGUCGACCUGAUACAGUCAGGAAGAGGUUGAUCGGGACCCUAGCAAAGGAGAUGGAAAAGGACCUGGCCCGAGGUCGGGGUGCGAUCGUGUGUGCUGGUUACGGUGCCGAGGAUGGACGCAGAGGCCCGGGCGAAAGAUUUGGCCUUGAAGAGAGCAAACUCAAAGCUCGGUACUUUAACCGACGAGACCCCAAAUUCACCCCAGAGCAAUUCUCAGAGAUCUACGACGCGGCAUUGGCGGAUCUUGUCGAGCACGAUGAUGUGAUCGAGUCGAUCGAUGCUGAUGGCCGGUCAUGGUACACAUCCGCGCGGCCAGAAUUCAACCUUUCGUGCAAGAUUAAAUUGGCUGUAUUCAGUCUCUUUCGGAAAUGGCGGUCUCAGCUGAUAGGUUCUGGCAUUGUCUUGGUCAUCAUCUCCUAUCUUCGAUCAACACUGCGUCACCGACGCGCUGAAAAAUAUCAGGCCGAAGAGCUGGUGCAAGUCGUCCUCAAGCGACUUCAAGAUCAGGAAUCACUGCAUUACACCGAUCCUGUCACCACACCGAACCCUUUCAUCCCGCCUACCCAAUUGCGAGACCUAGUCUUACCGCCAAAAGGCUCGUCGAAUUCUCGAACGAGGUUAUGGCAACGGGUUCAGGACCUCGUCGAGGCCAAUGCAAACGUAUCUGUGAGAGAGCAAGAGGUCAAAGGGGAGAUCUGGAAAACGUGGGAAUGGGCAGGUGUUGGUGAACAGCGCCGUGUGUCGUUUGAGUAGUGUCUACGGUGUCAUGCAGCAUUAGGCGGAGACUGGGAAGACGAGCCGAUUGCGCGGCGUCGGCGGCCAGAGGGAGUCUGCUACCGUCGAAGGGGGCUUAUGACCAGAGGCACCACAUUUAUGAUCAUACCAUGCGGCGUUCGCCGAC